CGCGUGAACGACGGAGGCUCUAUUACACCAUGACUAUGGACAGUACUACACGGGCAUACAUCCCUCUAGACGAAGAGCUUCCGAAAGACCUCUUCAAGAAAGUAACAGACUUUUACGGGGUGAUUCAGGCGAAGCUGGCGGAAAAAGGGAGCGAAGGAGUCACCGUCCUGAGCGAAACCAUAACGAGGCAUCUGCCGACAAUUAUAUUCGGCAGCAACUACAUUGAACGGGCUGGCCUGAACCUAGAAGAGACGAUUAAAAUAUGUGAGAGCAUCUUCCGCGGUGAGGGUGUGGACGCGGAGAACAUUCCCGAACGACCGCGGCGUCGCACAUCGUCCGCAGUCGCAGGGAGGUGGUCCAGCAUGCGUUGGCACUACACUAUAUCGUUACGGAGGAUGGUGGUCAAGGACAAGCCUCUUUCAGAGGAUCUGAUCCGAUGCAACCAUGGGAUUCUGACAGAGAAGGUUGAUACUAUGGGUGGCAUGCCUUGGACGGAUUACUCCGGACAGUAUCGCAGGAUUCAUGUCCACGCCGGAAACACGAACUUCGUCGUCCCUAAGUUCGUGCCGGAGAAGAUGCGUGGGCUCAUCGCGGAACUUGGAGAGGGACGUCCAGAGAAUAGAGACGAGCCGUACACUGGAUCCGUUUACUAUGGCCGCGAAAUACUGUAA